GUCAAAUAAAACAAAAUCUGAAAAAGUAGCGACGUGAGUGUUGGGAGAACAUACAGAGAAAAACUUUGUUUCUUCUUCUUGAAUUAAAAAUUAUCGCAAUCAGCCAUUUUUAUGGUGCUCACACGUGAAAAUAAUUCGACAAAUAUGAGUUUUGUGGAUUUGGCGACCCUGACUCUCCAUCGAAGGAAUGAAUUGGAAACACGGAUAAACUCCUUUCUCGAAAAAAGUGAUCAAGCUAUAAAUUAUAUUAAAAAAUUAGAAUUGCAGGCACAGAGUCUAGUGCAGUAUCUGAACUGUGAGCCAUCAGAGCUAAAGGAUCAGUUCCUGUCCUGCAUGCGUCAGCUGGAUGAGUACAUUUACCACAUUACCGACAUCAAUCUUGCUCUUGGUAAACUAGAAGAGACACAAAAUGUGGACUUUACUCCAGUCCUGGACAUAACAAGCAAAUCGGUGCAGAGGCCAAGAUCGUCUACAUUCAACAUCAUAGAUGUCCUCAGUGACUCGACACCGUCCCAACCAAUGGUUUGCCAAAACCUCUGUCCUACGAAGAUAGUGAAGAAAGUGAAGACCCCAAAGCAAGAACAGGUGCUAAUAGAAUUCUCCAGCACGUCGUGUUCUUCGGAAAGUGUGCCGGUGAAUAAGUGUGAGGAUAAGGAGGUGCAGUGUGAAGUUAUGGCUGAUUUUGAGAACCUGACAAUGAAUGAAGGUUCAAUAGUCAGCGGAUGCAAUCUGCCAGCGCAAUCCAUACUGCAGAACGAACACAUGUACCCGGCAACCAUCAUGAGCGUGGAUGGAGGCUCUUUCUGGCUCAUCACUGAAGACCCUGACAUUGUGUGCCAGCUAAUGAAAGACAUGACGGAGUACUACAAGGCAUGCCCCGUCAUUUUGUCUAUGAAGGAAGUGACAUCACUGCACUACUGCGCCUUGUACGACGAGGAGAGUAGCGCAUACUACCGCGGCUUCUUCAUCAAGCUCAUUGAUGAUCUAGCGGAGGUGUUCCUAGUGGACACGGGUGAGCUGCGCACCGCGGCCAUAGACUGCGUGCAGCCGCUGGCGCCGCAGUUCUGUGACGUGGCGCCCUACGCGCGCUGCUGCCAUCUAGCGGGGAUAGACACAAUGGGCGGCGACUCCCAGGACCUGAUGUUGCGGCUGGAGCAGUUCAUGAAGAACUACGUCGGCGUCCAGUGCCACAUACAAGUUGACGACAACUCAUCGGAAUCCCUAGGCGUGUACGUGAUAAUAAAUUCAAAGGAAUCCCUCAAUGAACUCAUGGUGCAAGAGCUGGCUUUAAUUGAAAAGGGUCUGAAGUCAGAAACGAAGGCGACCCAGGGCCCCCCAGAACUGGUGGACAGCAAUAUCGAAAUCCUGAACUGCCCAGAGUACGAAGACCCCGUGGAGGCGGUCACGGGCUACCACAACCGCGACGAAGCCGACAUUUGCAAACACUACAAGGGCGGGCCCGACAAAACUUGCUUCAAGGGCGCGCGCUGCAAGAAGAAACACGUCGUCAAGAACCCAGAUGGGUGGACUUUAGACAAAGUUGAUGCGUUCGUGUGCAGGUCUUUGCCGUUGCCUGCCCCUGACACCUGGCACAAGGUCGUGGUGACUUGCGUGUGCCACUACAACCGGGUUUAUGUGCAAUUUGUGAACGAGACAGAGGAGCCAACAGUGCCAAGUUUCGGAGUGGUUCUACCGCCCACCACAUUGUCCGCUUUAGUCCGAGAUAUGAACAGUCCAGCGUCGCGGAUGGCAUACAAACCUUUAACGACAAUGCCCGCACUGGGUGAGAUGGUGGCAGCGUUGUACCCACUGGACGAGAACUGGUAUCGUGCGCGCGUCGUCAACUACUGCAGGGCCGACCAGAAUGUUGAGGUGAUGUACGUAGACUACGGCAACGUCGUCUGGGUGAAGGAAAACGAGAUUCGGGCGUUGAACCCUUGCUGGGCCUCUCUCCCGGCGCAGGCGCUGCGCGCGCGCCUGGCGGGCGUCAGCGCGCGCGCGCGCGCGCACUGCGCGCUCUGGGCGCGCGCCAAGCGCGAGCUGCAGCUGCUCGUGCACCAGCGACAGCUGCAGCUGCAUGUGGUAGGCCGCGAUUACGACGAAAUAACAGUGGAGCUAUUCGACGACGAAAAAAAUAUAGCCGAGGAACUCGCCAAGUCGGAAACCGUGGAGCUUGAGGACUACUCCAUUGAAGACGACACUAAUAUCACCCAAAAAUUGGUCGUCCCCUGAUAUGAGGACGAAUGUGCUUUUGUAAGAAAACAAAAAAGAAGACAAUUCAUUCUCUGGCACAAUUUAAAUUUAAUAUUAAGUUUCGAUAUCGAAUAAUUUGAUUCCUUUUCUGAAGAAAUGUUGAUCUUUGAACAGCCGUUUUCAUAAUAAGAACAUCUUUUUUUAAUGCUAUGCACACACUGCACACUUCCGCUCUUUUCUAACAAAUAAAAAACAAUAUUUUGUCGAUAUCAUUACCUAUUUUCUGAGUAUUUGAUUAGGCUCUUGGAAAGACAUAAAAAUAUUUUUUUAAUCAUAAAUGUUCGUUAUAUAAAAUACUAUAUUUCAAUAAAUAAAAAAAAUCAUUUCACCCCGAGGUCCGGGAGAGUGAUCGGUCUAUCGACUCGUCACGAUAAGAAAAAAUCGAGUAAACUUUCGAAUAACGUUGACAAAAUUUGAGAUUAUUCCAUUUUUUACGACUGAUCUGUGAUGAGAUCUGCUAAGCAGUUAUUUUUGUAAAACCUAUAAAUGAGGUGACAAUAUUGGCAUUAUAAUCCUAAUAUAUACGUUAAGUAAUAUACAUUAGAUUAGUCAGUUAUGUUGAUUUGACAUGGUUUAUUCAAUAGACCAUUGUAUCGGUGUAGCUUCAUUUUUACAUUUAAAAAAGUCAAUUUUACGCACAAUUAUUUUCUACCAUAACUUCAAAAGCUGUAGAGAGCAAUUGCACGCUUAAACAAAUACUGAAGUUACAUUUGGUACUUCAUUUGAAAAUAUGAUUAUGUAUAACGAAUGAAUGGUAUUUGAUUUGAAUUACAAACCAAUCGGAAUCUAAAAUAGUUUCAAUAAAAUGUACCGGUGUAAAACUAAUUCAAGUUAUCAAAUCUCUUAACGCCGAUAUCUGUGACGUUAUAAAAAGGCUAUAUGCAUUAUCAUAUAGCACAAAAAGCCUUGGCUGUGUAGGUUUAUGUAAUACGAGUAUAUAAUUAGUUGUACAGAGGAUAGGUAGGUAUAUAUCUUUUUAUACUUAUAUUUGCAAGCUGUUAUGUUUCAUGUGAAUCAAAAUUUUGUUGUAUACAUAAGUGUAUCUUGUUUAUCACGUUCAAACAGUCAUGUAAGUAAUUUAAGUUUUGAUUAUUAGUGAGAUCUCUAGAUCAUCUGUCAUUAUGAUAUCUGCAGGAAUGUACCAAACAAGGUUAGCAUCUAUAGAUCAACAAAAAAUCCCAUCUCAUGGAAUCUAUGUGGCGUAUUGAACUUAGUUAUUUUCCGCAAAUCUUAUGGCCGGUACACACCGAGUGCAUGCGCGUUUCCAUAUUUUAUGGAAUGGUGACACAUACACGCGUGCACAUUUCCAUACAAUCGUGCUGCAUACGUACUGCACACGGAUUUAGUGUGCACGAGCCUUUAAGACCGCAGCCCUCUGUCGUCCUCCGUUGUUUUAACGUCUGUCGACAAUUUGGAGGUUCGACGUACGUCGACACACGUCAGUGUAACGGAGAAUGUGACGCCAGGAGGAUUGGAACCGGACCCUUAGGUCACACAGUAACAAAAUGUACAAAUUGAGUAUAUAAAAUGUUGAUACUGUUGGUCAAUUUUUCUCUGACACAAAAUCUGAUUAUGGAUUUUAAAUAUUUAAUUUCAAUAUUGUGUGUCCGGUCUUCAGUCUAAGACAAACUAGUCAGUAAGGCAAUAAAUAUUAUGUAUGUAUAUUUUAUAUAUGUGUAUGUUUGUAAAAUUUUGCCUGUGAUAUUGUUAGAUCGUAGUAUGACGCAGACCAGACAGAAAAAUACGGAUUUUGCAUGCGUAUCGGAUAUCGGAAAUAGGCUCCGACGCCGAAUUACUGAGGAAAAUACCGGGAAAACUCUCAGAUGAGAGUGAGUUGGUGGAGAGUGGUGGACCUGACCGACGCCCGAUACGUACUUAGUAAUAUUCUAAUUCCAUGUUUCCGUGUAAUUAUGUCCGAAUAUAAUGUUGUCAAAUUGUAUCCAAGCCGUACGGAUGUUGUUUUUGCGUAAAACAACAUCCGUACGUUGUCACAAACCUUCCGGGGACGUGCGCGCCAUUUUGUAUUUGUGGCGUUACGAUUCCAUAUAGAAUAAGCAGUCGCUGUGUACCGGCCUUUAGUCCAUUGCUUUAGUGGAGAACGGAUAUAGAAAGUAGGUAAUCGCUUAUUAAGUCAAGAGUUUAUUAAAUAUACUUUAUCAAAUUGUUAGAUAUUAUUAGUAUUAAGUUCUAAUGAAUGUUGACAGUUGAGAAUUUCCGUGUAAUAACGGGAUACAAAGGAAGGUUAACACGUUGAGUGUUACCAAUUCGCAAUACAUACAUUUUCCUAACAACAAAAAUAUGCAGCAUAUUUUUUCAGCAAUGAAAGUGAGUUUAUCCAUCACCUACCACAGUAAUAAAUUUCAUUUAAAUAUGUCUAGCAAUUUUUGAUGUAUAAAUGGUGUAACCAACCUGACUUUGUUUUACAAAGAAUAGUAUUAUUGUUAAGAGCAGCGUCUUAUUAUAAUAAAAAUAUUUUUCGAAUAUA